AUGGCAGAAGCGGUGGAGGAUAUUGUGCAGCAAAUUGAAGUGCACAUUGCAGGACAACAGAUGUCCGAGACGGUCGCCGCCGAGCAGAUGGCAGUCGAUGAGAAUUUUAGCGAUGCGGAGCUUGAAGAGCUCAAAGGAGCUUUUUCUCUCAAAUAUCUAAGGCAUUGUUGGUCUGAUAGCGAAUUGGAAACACUAUUUAAAACUAAGUUGGCCGAGAAGGCCAAGGCCCAGUAUGAGGCAUUACCCAGGGAGGUAAGGAGAUGCACCUUCGGAGAGGUGAUGCGGGCGAUGUCUGAGGCAUACAAGGACGAAGAGGAUAGUAGCCUCGAAAGGCUGUCAGCAGAUGCAUACCCGGAGCUCGACAAUGUCGCAUUGGCAACUACAAGGGCGCAGCAACUUUAUGAGCAGAUGGUACACUGGCCAGAGUCAUACCAUUUGUUGGUAGCCAUGGAGGCGACAGGAGCGGAUGCAUACGCCAAUCUCAAGGAGACCGCAAUGCGAAUUGAACGGAGAAAACUUACACUCGAAAAUGCUAAGGAGUCUGUGGCGUUAAAGGAAGCAGAAAUGCGUCAGAGGGCAAACAAAGGUGAUAGGAACCGAGGCGCAGAGUUCAGCAGAGAUAACCGUGUCUGA